AUGAAAUAGCCCACCUGUACAGACCCACUCUAUUCACUUUUUAAUGGUGGUCUUGCUUGUAGUCCAAAUUCGUGUGGAUAAUUGAGCAAAUGUUUGCCUUUGAACAUUUAGAGUGAUUCUGGUUUUGGAAUUAAUAUAAAAGGGUGUUGCAGGAAAUCAAUGCUAGACCCAAAUGCAUUAAAUAUUAUUAUAUAUAUACUGAUCAUACCAGUUAUAGGAAUAGGAAGUUUGGGGGCAUUGGGAGGAGGUACAGUAAAAAGGCCUUUUCUCUAGGCAAUAUUAAAUUACGAUGCGUCAAUAGCAGGGGAUAUCACGUCAUGCUUAAUGUUUAGUGCCCAAUUGGUGAACAUGAUAUUCAUCUUCUUCUAGAAGUAUAUUAUGAAUUAAUUUAGCCAUCCCGAUGUCGAUGAAAGACCAAUUAUCAAUUAUGAGAUUGGCCUGAUAUACACUUUGGGUAUUCCUAUCAGCAUGUGUAUGGGUAGUGAAUUAGCAAAUUUUCUGCCUUUGUUGCCAUUAUUGUCUUUUCAGGUGUUAUUUUUUGUCGUUAUUUCUCCAGUUUUAUUAUAUUAUGCGAAGAAAUAGGAUAUAAUAGAGAGGAGCAAAGAGACAAAUAAUGAUUUACGAAAUCAAUCGGCUCUCUUAAGUCUAACAGAGAUGAAAGAUCAAAACUAAUACAGUGAAAAUUAGGCCAAAUUAUAUAAGAUAUUUUAUGACGAGCAAUGUUAAAGAUUCCCAUUAACUCCUAUUCUUAUAACUUUAUUCAAUUUUGCUAUUAACGAAUUAAUCUUAUUGAUGAGAUCAUCACCAUAACAAUUGUCACCAUAUUUCUUUCCAAGUGGCAAUACUAAUGACACUGAUAAUAGAGACAAGGAACCUUGUUAGCCUUGGAACUUCUAUGUAGUUCUACUUUUGAUUGCUGUUAACAUGAUAAUUACUAGUUUGGUUUAUUUUUUUUAGAGGAAAAAAGAAUUGUUGAAAGACACUAUAAACUUUUACAAUCACGAAAGGUAUUAUAAUCAAUUUGAGAAAUUCUUUCUAAUUUAUACAGCAGGAUGGGCAACUGGUUUUGUCGCAGGAUUUAUUGGUAUGGCAGCAGGUUUAAUGAUGGUUAUCACUAUGGUUCAGUUUAAAUUGAUAGCCGCUGUUGCAGGAGCUACAGCUAAUUAUUGUUACUUUUUAAUUUGCUUACAGGUUUUUACCGAUCUUAUUGUUGGAAAUAUCCAAAACUCAAUAAUCUCCGUUGGCGAUCAAUUCUUCUUUUAUGGAUUAGGAAUAAUUGCAGUGCUCACAUUUACUAAUUUAGGAUAUUACUAUUUAAAGAAGUACAAGUUCGGUCAUAUCAUAUUUUAUAUUGACUUUGGAAUUGUUAUAUUGAACAUCUGUGGAAAUAUAGCUUGGGGAAUUGAAAAUAGUAGUAGGUAUGGAUUUGUUGCUUUGGAGCAGUAACCUUUUACAUGUACUUCUUAUAGCAAUUGA